AUGGCUUCCCAACCCCCAUCAAAUGAGGAUGUACGCAUCGAAGUCAUUACAGACCCUUCUGAUUUCGAGGCGGCGUACGAUGUUACCGCGAAUGCCUUUGGCCACCAGACAAAAGAUGGAAUCUGGAUGGCCAUGAACCCAGACUGGGACCAACCAGCCGGAAAAGCCAAGAACGUGGCACAAUUGAGAGAUCGUUGGCAGGCUACCAAGGCGGGCGGCAACACCACUUUUAUCAAGGCGACCUUGCCGGAUCCCGCCGUUGAAGGCUCUCGGGUCAUUGCUGGCCUCGCCAUCUGGCUUCACGCCUCUGCAAUUCCUGGUCAAGGCGAGGUUCCCGGAAAAAUAGACUUUACUUCAGUCUACCCAGACAACGAGAGGGAGCGGAGAUACGUGACGCAACUAUUGACGUCUCUGCACAAGAAUCGCUACGAGGUUCUCCGGCAGAUAGCACAGCCAGAGUCGAAGCAAAAGUCCAUCAUGGUGCUCGACCUGUGCGUGACGGACCCGGCGUUCCAGAGGCGAGGCGUUGCCAAGAAGCUGGUGCAGUGGGGACUUGACGAGGCAAAGCGGAGGGGUGACCUCGAUGCCAUCAUUGAGGCAUCAACCAUGGGCCGCCUCGCCUACGAGAAGGUGGGAUUUCACCAGGUGGGCGAAAUCACAUACGAUGUGGAUGAAGAGUUUCGAGACCGCCGAAUGCCGCCAAAUGCAUUCAUGCGUCUAAGACUGCCCAACUAG